UCUCGAAACAGCGUGCCACGUGACUGCGCAUCUAAGUGAUUUUCUCAGUAAUGGAUUUCCACAUUAACCAUCAUGUCACAUCAAGUUGAAACAGGUGUACUCAGCAGGUCGGAUGGGUCUGCCCAGCUUACCAUAGGCUCCACAAAAGUCAUCACCUCCGUUAAUGGUCCAACGGAACCAAAAGCAAGACAAGAGUUACCCAACCUUGCAAGUUUAGAAAUAGUCAUCAGACCAGCACAAGGUCUUCCGACCACGAGAGAAAAACUCUUGGAAGACAAGCUCAGAUCCUUGCUACAAACCAUAAUCAUCAGAUAUAAGUAUCCAAGACAGCUAAUCCAGAUUGUUGUCCAAUUUCUUUCCAGUGAAGGUAAAUCUAAUGUGUUUACCAAUAAUGAACUAAGCGCUGCCAUAAACUGUGCUUUUUAUGCCUUGAUAGAUGCAAACAUAGCCUUAAAUUACUCCUUUGCAGCUGUUUCUGUUUCUCUUAACGAAGGCAAAUAUCUCAAGGACCCAGCAUGGAAACAAUUAAGUGAAAGCGACUCCCAUCAUGUCAUUUGCUUCAGCAUUCAGGACGGCAAGGCUGAAAAGCUCUUGUUGCUUGAAAGUCAGGGUGAUUUCAGUGAGGAGGAGGUCUUUGACACUAUAGCAAAGAGUGUUGCUGAGUGUGAAAAAGUUCACCAGGACCAACGUAAAUUUAUCGGUGAAAAGAUAGAUAGAGAUUUUAUCUGGAAGGCAUAAAUGCGCUAGCGCAUCAACAAUAAACUCAUCAC